AUGACAACCCUCGCGGUUGUGUCAGGCGAACAUGCCGCGGCCAACCCGGAUGAGUCGGACUCCAAGACCACAUUCAAUGUCGGAACGAGAAAAUCCAAACUCGCUCUGAUACAGACAGAUUUGGUCGUCCAGGCAUUGGCAGAGGCCUGUCCUGAGUAUGUCUACGCCAUCAAGGCGCGAGAUACCGCAGCGGGCGACAUUGACAAAGUUACUCCUUUCAAGGACAUGCCCGUGAAGAACAUAUGGACCCACGAGUUGGAGACUCUCAUGCUCGAGGGGCAACUGGAUUUUCUGGUUCAUUCGCUCAAAGACGUCCCCACUCUGUUACCUCCAGGUUGCGAAGUAGGCGCGGUGCUGGAGCGGGAAGACCCAAGAGACGCUUUCGUCAUAAAGGCAGGAAGAGAUGCUUGCAACAUAGAGGAUCUCCCUGCUGGAUCAACCGUAGGAACUUCCUCCAUACGACGAACUGCACAAAUUGCACUCAAGUAUCCACAUUUGCGAGUGCUCGAUGUCAGAGGCAACGUAGGCACUCGCCUAGCUAAGCUUGAUGCUGAGGAUGGGCCUUUUGAUGCUUUGAUACUCGCCGCCGCCGGACUACUUCGCCUCGGGCUUGGUGAUCGGAUCACUCAAUACCUCGACUCAAAAAGUGGCGGCAUGCUUCAUGCCGUUGGACAGGGAGCUAUUGGCAUUGAGAACAGGUCGUCCGACGAUCGAGUGCAGGAUAUGUUGAGUCAGAUUGACCAUCGACAGACUCACCUUGCUACGGCAUGUGAGCGCAGUCUCUUGAGGACGCUGGAAGGAGGAUGCAGUGCUCCGCUAGGGGUGGAGACUGCUUGGGUUAAGAAGGAAGACGGUGGCUCGCUUCUUCGGCUGAAAGCGCUCGUGGUCAGCACGGACGGCAAAGAGAAGGCCGAAAUCGACAUGAGAGAUGAUGUCCAGAGUCGGGACGAUGCCGAAAAGUUUGGAACCAAUGCUGCAGAUGAACUGCUACGCAAGGGUGCGGACAAAAUUCUCACAGAGAUUAAAGCGAAGCGUCCUACCACCGUCACAGACCUUCAGGAGACGUGA